GCCCGAAGGGGACGAAGUUAAUUAAAGACGUGGCACAGGUGCGGUCACAGUAGCUCGCGCGAUUUACAGGAGAAACGGGCAACGAGUGCAGCCACGAGGGCCCAGGUUGUAUAGAUGUUAUUGAUCAAAAUGAAGGUGCCAGAGGAGGAAUUAAUGAGCGAUAUUUUGAAGCGCUUAACGGGAGAGUCCGCUCUGCCCGAAUACAGCAACAUCGAGAAGUUCAAACGGGGAAAGGAAGGUUUUUACUUUGUCGCGGAGGACUUCAGUCAAACUGUGAAAAAGCGAGAACUGGUCAACGCAAAGGAGCGACUGCGAAUCAGGAACUUGAACACCAUGUUCUCCCGCUUGAAACGCAUGGUUCCACUAAUGAGACCGGACCGGAAGCCCAGUAAAGUGGACACGCUCAAAGCUGCAACCGAAUACAUUCGAUUGCUUGUUGCGGUGUUGAAGGACGCAGACAAAGAUGAUGGUUGUGGGACUGAUUUCCUAAAGAAUGCAAUCACUUAUGGUCAGACCGACGGCUUUGACAAUGACCUGUGGAGGGUGGAGGACUUGCUGAACUUGUCCGAGGAGCGGAUGGAAGACGGAUUCUCCAUGACCCCGGACCCGGUAACGGAGGACGGAGGAGAUAUGACCCGACUGAUGUUGCAACACUGCGUGAUGCCUGCCUACCAGUUCAUCCUCCAAGUGGCACCUGAUCAGACUUCGAUGUCUCAACCCUAAAUCUUGGACCAAAAAUGAAAUGCACGAAUAUCUAAUCACUUAAAGUCCAGAAUGCUGCAAUCGUACAAAAAGUUGGGUUCCUGUUCAAGAAAAGCCCCCCUCCCCUGAAUGAAAUUUAUUUGUCUUAUUAAAUUUAACUUUUGAAAUUUAAAUUUUGUUUGAGUAAAUAUGAAUGUUUUAAUUUUUUCUUUUACAAACUGUAUCCUUGGCAGCCCUUAAAUAAAAUGAGCGAGUUUUGUUUAAA